CAGAUAAGACAAAAAUAUAAAUUGUGGAUAGUUUGCUGCCUAAAUUCUGAGCACUGGAGCGGUUUAAGUGAUCGUCUGGGCCCUGAGUCCUCAACUACCUGCAACAAUGAAAGUUGUCAAGUGUCCGCUGUUCUUUUCCGUGCUGUUUUCCGCUGCGUUUUUGUGCCACGGCAAAGACGUGUACUUCAGCGACAACACAAACCUCGUCCUCCCAGAUUCCUACAGCGUGGGAUGGAUGGCGGCCGUCCAGGACUUCCGCACGCUCUCGCUGCUGAGCAUCCCUGGGACCCAUCAGAGCAUGGCCCUCUACGGGGGCCCAGAGGCCGAAUGCCAGGCCCUGUCCCUCAUGGAUCAGCUGCGAGCUGGCAUCCGCUUCCUGGACCUCAGGGUGUUCGAGAUGGAGAACACGCUCUACGUCAUGCACGGGGUCAUGUACCAGCACAGCACUCUCAGAGAGGUCCUAGACAUAGUCAAACACUUCCUGUCAAAGUUCAAGACCGAGGCUGUGCUCAUUAGGGUGAAACCACAUUUUUUUGAGAAGAAUAAAGUCAGUGAAAUGGUGCAGAGCCUGAUUGGCAACGACCCAAACGUGUGGGUGACGUCUGGGAUGCCGACAAUGGGACAGGUCAGGGGCAAGAUUGUCUUUCUGCAGAAAAACACCUUCACGCUAGGGAUCCCCCUAAUAGACACAGCUGAGAAAAACAGCGACGAGGUCACUGAUGUGAAGGACAAGGACAAGAAGAUAGUGCAGCAGAUGAACCGGGCCAGCGCUGCCUGCGGGGGCGACAACGCCCUGCUGACCUACACCAGCGGCACCGGCUUCGGCACUUUCUGGGGGAUGUUUCUGACCCCAAAGAGGGUGGCGGAGCAGGUGAACCCGUGGGUCAACCAGUACCUCAGACAGUUCUACCCCAACCACCCCAGACCGUGCUUUGGCAUCGUCGCCAUGGACUUCCCCGGCUUUGACCUCAUCCAAACUAUUAUCAACCUAAAUUGGUGGUAGAGGUUUGAGAAGAUGAGGGCUGGGAUCUAAAGAGUAUGAAACGCUUUAACCAGUUGUUGAGAUGAGCCGUCACUGACGCUCCCAUGUAGAGACUCCCCUGUGUUAUGCAUCCGACCUGCAUUUGGAUUAAAAUGAAAUAAAGAUGUUCUCGUUUGAAUUAUGACAUAACAAA